AGUUGAUGCAUGUGAAAGAGCAGGAGCAUUCUUUCUGUGUCUCUUGAUCCCGAUUCCAUAUGGCAAGGGGCAUUUAAAUGAUGAGAAUUGCUUUUUAAAUUCCAGGCAUUUGACUUUCGGACAACUUUGAGAAACGAACUAUUCUUGCAGCUUUUCCAUUCUCUAUAUGUAUAUCCUUUAACUGUGAGCUUGAGUUGGAAAAGGAAUCUAUUUGUAUGAGUUGAGCUGAGAAAGGAUGAUGCAGACGUUCAUAGACGAGCUAAAAUUGUUGAGUGAUACUUUGCACUAUGAUUUUUAAACUCGUCUUAUUGUUCUUUCUGUGCUACUGAUAUGACUAGGCAAUGUAUCCAAGGGAACCUGGUUUAUCACUUCAGAAGUGGGCUCACACGCAAGUUGCUGUUGGUGUGGCCUGCUACCAUGAUGAAAUUAAAGUUUCUCUCCCUGCUGUUUGGAUACCAUUGCAUCACCUUCUAUUCAUUUUCUUCCAUGUUGAUCUUCAAAUGAAACUAGAAGCCCCAAAACCAGUAGUAAUUGGAUAUGCAGCACUUCGAUUAUCCACCCAUGCACAGUAUGCAACUGCCCUUAUGUUUGUCAUCUUUUGUUUUGUUUCUUUCCUUGAUGAUUUAUUAACUUACAUUAUUUGUUCUGCUACUGGAGUGAUUGGUAUGGUAGUUCAUGGUAUUGGAAACAAACAGGGGGCAGAAAUAUAAUCACCUAUUCAGUAUUCUAGUGGUUUGUUAAGUUAAUGUUAUAAUUUCAAUUGUCAGGUUACUUUCCUGGUUUAUGUUGUGGGAGAGGCUGGGUUAUUUGGAAGAUGGAAAAACUAUUUUUAAAUUGCAAUUAAGGCUUUGCUCAUCUUUUUACCCAAUUAAUGAGCGCAUAUGGGAUUUUUUUCUUGAAUACGAUAGACACUCUUUGAACAAGUCCUCCAUGUGGUUCUGAACUUUUGGAGGGUGGUCAAUAUUGGAGCAACUGCUUUAGUUACAGACACAGCAACAACAAUAUUUGGAGAAACUGGUGCUAGUGUAGCAACUGGAGUGACUGUAUGUAUAUAAAAAUUCUAUCCUCUUUAUGUGCCCCACAUACCCAACCUCCUUGUCUGCCUCUAUUCGUACUUGUAUGUAACUCAUUGUGAAUUUGUAGUAAAUUAGAGUAAAAGGCUAAAAUUUGUUUCAGGAUGAAUCUCUUUAAGUUAGCUCCUGAGUUGUAUAGUUCGCUAUUACAAAGUUUUGUAUUUCGUUUGUAAACAAUAAAGGAAGAAUGAAUAAGAAAUCUUAUUGGAAUAAAUAAGAAAUCAUGAUGGGUAAUUCUGAUAGACUACAGAAUGUAGGACUUUCCAUGACAUAGAUACUUGCAUUUCAACUCUUGGGCAUUGGUCAUUUUUAAUUUUUCUUUUUUCGAUAUUGUAGGUAACCAAACCUUUUGGGCACUAUUCAUUCUUGAUGUAGUAUGGUCUAUAUGUAUCUGUGCACACUGAAAGGCAUAGCACCUUUGUUGAGGGAACAAAAAAAAAUAAGAACAUAAAAGAAAGAAAGAAAGAAAUUAUAAUCAUUGAAUUUUUCCAAAUGAUUCUAGGUUGCUAUUUUGCUUCUUACUGAGAUCACUCCAAAAAGUAUAGCUGUUCACAAUCCCGUGGAGGUUGCUAGAUUUGUGUGAACCUUAUGUUACUGAAGAUGAAUUGAAGCUGAUGUUAGAUGGGGCAGAGUUUAGCGGAGCAAUAGACGAGGAAGAGCAGGUAGUGAAAUAGGCUAAUUUUUUUUACUGUACUUACAUGAGUAUCUCUUUUGUUUCAUAUAAGAACUAGGAAGUUUCUUCAGUUGCUGAAUGCUUUUACUAAGAUGAAAUUGAUCAAUAUCAUCUAUGCUUGACUCUGGUUGCACAUUUACAGUAGAACAUAUCUUUUCCUUGCCAUAUAUUUCUCUAGCAAUUUCUGUUUUAAAAUCAGAUUCUAGUGGAAAUCCAAUUUAAUUUUU